CUUUAGUUCAACACACACUUGAGACGAGCUUAUUGACAGAGCAAAGAGGCGCAAGUCACACAGCUUGGCAUCUACAGAAGCCUGUCUGCGCUAUCGUCCUUUUGUAGUUUCUCAGGACUCUGCCGAUCAUGGCCAGCGUCAAAGACCCGCCUCAGGAGACCACCACGCCGCCACGAUCCAGCGAGGACAACAGCCAACCUGCCGAGAAAGGGACGAGGGGAACGCCACCAGCUUCUGAAGAUGCCAGAAAGCGAGCUGGAGAGACAGAGAGCGCUGGACAGGAUGAGAAAAUUGUUGCCCGGCCCGAGACACCUCCGGAAGCCAUCAAAGAGGUACCCGAGAAAGUCUCGAUACCAAUUCUCGCUCCCCCACCUCCGCCACGUACAUCUUCGAACGCGGCCGCGUCUAGUGGCAGUGGUACAAAAUUCGAAAGCUCCCGGGGUGCAAGAGAAUCCAAGGCAGGGGCUGGCGCCACGGCGAAUCUUGGUGACGAUGGAGAAUGGCAAGACAUGCCCGUGAUACGGACAUUGACCGAGGAAGAUGAACACUAUGCCGUCUUGGAUGAAGAAGACCGCAAAAAGUAUCGCUACAAGGUGUCCAAUAAUCGCAGAUUCGAAGAUGAGACUGGACUUCCCGGGACACUUCAAGACAAGCGCAAGUCCGGGGCAAUCGGCAAUGCGACGGGGCGUCAUUUGGACAUCGACGAUGCACGAGGGUAUGAUUGGCGUAGCAAGCCAGCCGGGAUUGAUUUGGACGAAAGCGAGGAGGAGGAGCAAGGGCGAGGUUACACUCAGAUUCAAUUGCAAGAAGAUGAAGAGGCGGAGCGACUGCAUGCUGCUACCGAAUACUUGUUUAACGACGUGACGAACUCCCCCUUAGAAGGGCCGUCCGUCACGCCUGCGAACCAGAUGGCGACGACGAAGCAGUUGUUGACAGAGGGGCAGCGCAUAGCCUACGUAGGUCUGUGCAGCCUACUUGCAAAGGAUAUCAAGGCAAAGGUCGUCAAAGGGCCGAAAGGCAACGACCUAAAGGAGGCAGCUCAGAGCGCCGACCAUUGGAUAGCUAGUACUAUGUCCAAGCUCUACGUACACAUGGACGUUGAGGGUCCAGAGAAACACAUGAUCGAGAUGUUGGGAGAGCACGGCGUGUUCGCCUCGGACCUUGCGGCAAAUCUUGCAACAACACAGACUAUAGACAACCCAGACUUUGAUCCGCGAGCACUUGCAGAAAGGGAAGAGAUGGAGCGGAAAGAGGCGAAGGAGGCAGAGGAGGCAAAAGAGAAAGUUCGCAUUCAAGUGGAGGAGGCUCAGGCCAAUGCUUCAAGUGGUAAGAACCCCGAUGGGUUGCAGGGAGACGCCACUUCCGGGGAUUCUAGCGAGCCGCCCCCGGCCUACGAGGCCAAAGAGGAAGAGGAAGGAGAGAUGGAAGAGAUCCAGGAUGACGGAGACAUCGGCGCGCAGUUGCAAUCGCCGCGACCGGCGAGGAAAUCAAUAGAACGGCCGUUCAAAGCAGCGAAAAUCCUAAUCGACAAGCGCGACGAGGCUACUUUGGAAGAGACGGACAUUGGGUGUGGUGCUCAGACUCAGCGGGCGCCACAGCCGGAUGCGGGCGAUGCGCCAGAUGGGACCCACGAUCAAGGUCUCAGCAUGGACACAGUCCAGGCAAGUCCCGGCACCCGCGCCAAGGUCUUGCUCGACCCGAACACCAUGGCUCAAGUGAAUGCCGACAAUCUUAAAGCCGACGGGCAAGAAGCGAGCAAAGCCCAACAAGAAGUAUCUAAGACGUUGGGGCUAACCUCACAGCCGCAAGCUGUGCAGCCACCACCUAACGCCCUGGAGGGCGUGACGACAGAGAUCAGUACCGCAGACAGGACCAUCACCCUCGACAUUCGAUGGACCGUUCUGUGCGAUCUGUUCCUCCUUCUCAUCUCCGAGGCCAAUUACGAUGCGCGUUCCCGUGUCCUGCUCGAGAACGUCGCCCAGGCCCUCGGGCUGACAUGGCUAGAUGUGACCAAGUUCGAGAAGCGAGUCGCGGACACACUGGAGAUUGAAGAGGGUGUGGAGAAGCUUAAAGAUCAAUCGCUGGUGGAAGAAAGGGCAGCGCAAGCGAAGAAGAAGCGUCUCUUAAUGAUGGGACUCGCGACAGUCGGUGGCGGUCUCGUGAUCGGAUUAUCAGCCGGGUUGCUCGCACCGCUGAUUGGGCUGGGUCUUGGUACGGCUUUGGGCACCAUCGGUAUUGGUGGAACAACUGCAUUCCUAGGCGGCGCAGGCGGUGCCGCGCUCAUCACUACUACGGCUACGCUGGGAGGUGCGCAGAUGGCCGGUCGAGGAAUGAGUAAAAGGACCAGGAGUGUGCGCACGUUCGAAUUCAAGACGCUGCAUAACAAAAAGCGGUUCAACUGCAUCAUCGGCAUCCCUGGAUUCAUGAGUGGCGAACAGGACGAUCCCCGCCUCCCCUUCAGCGUCAUCGACAGCAUGAUGGGCGACCUUUUCACAGUGCUUUGGGAGCCGGACAUGAUGAAAGAGAUGGGUAAUGCCAUCGGCAUCCUUUGGAAUGAGACGAUCGGGUCAGGUGUGCAGCAGGUGCUGGCAGUGACAUUCGCCAGUGCCUUGGUAGGAGCUCUCGCGUGGCCCAUCUGGCUUUCGAAGCUCGGCUAUCUGAUCGACAAUCCUUGGUCCAACGCACUCGAUCGCGCAAGGGCAGCUGGCCUCAUCUUGGCUGAUGUCCUCUCUAAGAAGCAAAUGGGCGCCCGUCCAAUCACCUUGGUAGGCUUCAGCCUCGGAGCAAGAGUAAUAUACUACGCCCUCACAGAGCUCUACCGCAAGAAUUCCUUCGGAAUUGUGCAAAAUGUCUACCUCAUCGGUGCUCCAGUCAGCGCCAACGUCAAGAACUGGACGGAGGUCCGCAGUGUCGUAUCAGGCCGAUUUGUCAAUGGAUACUCUACAUCUGACUGGAUCUUGGGGUACCUGCAUCGGGCUACGACCGGCGGUCUAUCAACCGUCGCCGGCUUGCAUCCCAUCCAAAUAGUCCCUGACAUUGACAAUGUCGACCUCACGCACAUUGUACCUGGGCAUCUCGCUUACAGGGCCUUGAUGCCCUUAGUGCUCGGCGAGUUGGGCUUCAGGACUAUUGCCGACUACUUUGACGAGCCGGAAGAGCUGUCUCAGAUUCCAGAGAGAGAGGUGGUGCUUGAGCCCACCAAUACCGCCCCGGAAUCGGAGCAGGUCCCACAGACGAGCACAUUCGCAUCAUUUUUCCGCCGUAAAAACGACGUGUCUGCCGCCUCUCCCUCGCCAGCGCAACCUUUGACUCACAAUCUCGAACAGAAUCUCCGACACGCACUCUCCAAACAGCAUACCUCAGCACUGAAACAUGGCCGGUCUGCGCAGGAUUAUGACUACGAAUACGACGAAGACGCUGACGCUGACGAAGAAGGGCAUGCAGACAAAUCUGCCUCUCCAGGCCGAAGAUUACCGCCAUACCCAGCGGAGAGUGUCAGCGCCUCGAGCUCUGAGAAGCACGACCUCAGCCUGGAUCGCUGUGAAUCUACAAGCGUCGCCCCUGCUGCGCUUGAGCGGGAACGGGAUUCGGAAUCGGCGGUGGUGUUUGAUACGGACCUGCUUCUGGAGGAGCUACGCCGCGCCGGCGUAGAAGUGAAGGAGCUGGAAACUUCCUUGCCACCCUUGGCCACUUCGACUGUUCAACCCAAGGAAAAAGCGCCUGUUAGGAACGACAAGGCGCAAGUUUGGCAGCCAGAGCUGCAAGCCCCGUUGGUGCGCCCAACGGACUUGGCACCGAGCCAAUCUCACCAAGGCGGCGAGCACAGUCUGAGCGGAUCAGGGAUGCACACGUCGACGUCAGCUGACAGAAUCCGUGACAGAACUUUGGGCAAACCGCUGCCAUCCUUCGGUUCCGAAACCAGUGCAUCAACAGGUUGGGGCUCGAAACCAUCGGGCGGUCAACCGGCACCCGUGCCUUCAUCAGCCUGGAGUGUCGAGGAGCCACCAGCACCCGUGAGCAAAGACUUUGCUUUCAGUGCCCCGUCCCCAGCACAGAUUCCGAGGGAAUCUUCCAUCUCCAUGACAUUCGCGUCCUAUGACGAUGAGGAGAUCUCAGCCCCCGUAGGCCCCCUACACGAAGGAUAUCCAGGACAUUCUCCUUGUCUCGAUCCUGCGCACACGUUUCCACAACCGCCCGGGCCUCAGCUGUCUUUUGGUGGACACGAUGGUUCUAUCUCUUUUGCAGACAACCCCUGGCAGUGAUCUCUGCGUUCUCAUGCAUAUGCAAUUCACCUUUUGGCUGUAUCAUAGACAAUUGCAUUCCGAAAGAUCAUUGCUUUUCG